AUGCUGCAGAGCUGGGGACCAGCACUGCUCAUCCUGGCAGCAGUGGUCCUCGUGGAGGGUCUUCAAGCAGCUCAGCCCGUUUGUGGGCAGCGUGGCCCUGGCCCCCCUGAGCCUCAGGAAGGCAUCACAGUACCUGGCGAGUGGCCAUGGCAAGCGAGUGUGAGGCGGUGGGGGGUCCACCUCUGCAGCGGCUCCCUGGUGGCAGAUACCUGGGUCCUCACUGCUGCUCACUGCUUUGAAAAGGCAGCAAUGACAGAACUGAACUCCUGGUCAGUUGUCCUGGGUUCUCUGCAACGUGACGGGCUGAGCCCAGGGGCCGAGACGGUGGGGGUGACAGCUCUGCAGCUGCCAAGGGCCUACAACCACUACAGCCAGGGCUCAGACCUGGCCCUGCUGCGGCUCGCCCAGCCCACGGCCCGCACACCCCUCUGCCUGCCCCAGCCCACCCAUCGCUUUCCUUUCGGGACCUCCUGCUGGGCCACAGGCUGGGAUCAGGACACCAAUGGUGGUAAGUGCUGGCGCAGCCUAAAGCCCAGAGAGGCACUACGCUUGCCCGGGGUCACACAGCCUCAGCUGCCAACUGUCCCUCUGCUCCAUCUCCCUUGCUCCCCACCAAGCCCCUUUCUUCUGCCAGCUCCCAGGACUCUGCGGAAUCUGCGCCUGCGUCUAAUCAGCCGCCCUACCUGUAACUGUCUCUACAACCGGCUGCACCAGCGGCUGCUGGCCAGCCCAGCUCGACCUGGGAUGCUGUGUGGGGGUGCCCAGCCUGGGGUGCAGGGUCCCUGUCAGGGAGAUUCUGGGGGCCCUGUGCUGUGCCGUGAGCCUGAUGGACGCUGGGUUCAGGCUGGGAUCAUCAGCUUUGCAUCAAGCUGUGCCCAAGAAGACACCCCCGUGCUGCUGACCAGCACGGCCGCUCACAGCUCCUGGCUGCGCGCUCGAGCUCAGGGGGCGGCCUUCCUGUCCCAGAACCCGGGGACCCCGGAGAUCAGUGAUGAGGACAGCUGUGUAGCCUGUGGAUCCUUGAGGAGAGAAGGCCCCCAGGCAGGAGCCCCCUCCCCAUGGCCCUGGGAUGCCAGGCUGAUGCACCAGGGGAAGCUGGCCUGUGGUGGAGCCCUGGUGUCAGAGGAGGUCGUGCUGACCGCUGCCCACUGCUUCAUUGGGCGCCAGACCCCAGAAGAAUGGAGCAUCAGGCUGGGGUCCGGACUAGAGGAGCGGGGCCUGAAGCAACUCAUCCUGCAUGGGGCCUACACCCAUCCAGAGGGGGGCUAUGACGUAGCCCUCCUGUUGCUGGCCCAACCCGUGACACUAGGCCCCAACCUUCGGCCGCUCUGCCUGCCCUAUUCUGACCACCAUCUGCCUGAUGGGGAACGCGGAUGGGUCCUGGGGCUGCCCUGCCCAGAAACAGGCACCAGCUCCCCUCAGACAGUGCCUGUGACCCUCUUGGGACCCAGGGCCUGCAGUCGGCUGCGUACAACUCUUGGGAGCGACAGUGUCCCCAUUCUGCCAGGCAUGGUGUGCUCCAGUGUCGUGGGUGAGCCACCCCACUGUGAGGGCCUGUCUGGGGCACCACUGGUGCACGAGGUGAGGGGCACAUGGUUCCUGGCCGGGCUACACAGCUUUGGAGAUGCCUGCCAGGGCCCCGCAAGGCCUGCAGUGUUCGUGGCGCUUCCCGCCUAUGAGAACUGGGUCAGCAGCUUGGACUGGCAGGUCUACUUUGCUGAGGAGCCAGAGCCCGAGGCCGAGACUGGAAGCUGCUUGGCCAACACGAGCAAACCAGCUGGCUGUUGAUAGGUGGCUCUGCGAUGCUGCUGCAGACACCGUCAGACAAUUUCUGAGUCACCACCCAUGUCCCUCUCCUGUAGUCCCUGCCUGCACAUG